CGCGUCCUUUCAGCGCUCCGCUCCUCUCACGCGCUUUUCCUAAACUGAACGCAAGACGGACGGGUUCAUUUGCGAAGUGUGCAGGAGGAGAAGAUGCCUGGUGAUUGGCUGGAAGCUGCGGAGGAACUGGCCGACCAGUUCUUGCGUGUUACUAAACGCUUUCUCCCGCACAUCGCUCACCUGUGUCUGAUCAGCACGUUCCUGGAGGAUGGACUUCGAAUGUGGUUGCAAUGGACUGAGCAGAGGGACUACAUCAAUAUGUCCUGGGGUUGCGGCAUGUUCUUGGCAACGGUGUUUGUCCUCAUUAACAUGUUUGGCCAGCUAGCUGGCUGUAUUCUGGUCCUGACUAGAAAAUUUGUCCCGUACGCUUGUUUUGGACUCUUUGGGAUCAUCUUUAUUCAGACCAUUGUAUACAACAUCCUAUGGGAAGUGAAGUUUUUGAUGAGGAAUCUUGCUCUGGGUGGUGGCCUCCUGCUGCUUCUGGCAGAGUCUCGCUCUGAAGGGAAGUCCAUGUUUGCAGGCGUCCCCACCGUUGGGGACAAUUCCCCACGUCAGUACAUGCAGCUCGGAGGGCGCGUGCUCCUCGUCCUUAUGUUCAUGACCCUUCUAAGAUUCAACAUGAGUGCUUUUGCUAUUUUCCAGGACUUUUUUGGCUUGGCCCUUAUUCUGCUGGUAGCCGUGGGGUUCAAAACUAAGCUAGCUGCGCUCACGUUGGUCCUGUGGCUCAUGAUUAUAAAUGUGCUUCAGAAUUCUUUCUGGAAUGUGCCCAGUUACCGUCCGCUUCACGAUUUCCUGAAAUAUGAUUUCUUCCAAACCAUGUCUGUUGUGGGAGGGCUGCUGCUGGUCGUAGCACUGGGGCCUGGUGGAGUCUCCAUGGAUGAACACAAGAAGAAAUGGUGAUCUGCAAACUCCCCUUUCUAAGUAGGACAUAUUUUACAUACCCACGCCGAGAACUGCCAACUUUCAGAGUUCCUUACAACAGCACUUGCCGGUCCGGCAUUGGAACCUUCUGCCGAAGUAACACAUCAGGGGGCGCUCAGCACAUAUGUCUUCGCGAGACACUAAGAUGCCAUAUUGUACGGUCAAUGACCCCUUUACUCAAUGCCGAUGGCAUCUCACUUUGUUAUAAAACAAUUGGGUGACAUUUCUCUUUUGCAAAAGAUAAUCCAGUGUUACAAUAAGAAUUAUUUUCAGAUAUCUUGCUUGCCCAUUUGUAAUUCUCUGUAUUCCAUAACACUAUCCCGCUCAAGUACCCUAUACCUUUGUCACAACCUACAUAUGGCUGUUAGGGUGCUAACGUUCUUCUUCUGUGAAUCUCCAUGAGACGGAGCUACCGGUUUAUGAAAUGAGCGCUAAGCAGGUCAAGCGGCUGAUCGCAGAUUGUAGUGCCGAGUAUAUUUAAAAGUAUUUUUAAAGAAGAAAAAAAGUGAAUUACAAUUAUACCUGUUGAAUAUUUUUUUUUUUACCAUGACUAUGAAAGUAUAUUGCUUAAAUAAUCAUAUCUUAACAAAUACUGUGUAAUAAAACAUUGCCCAGAAAUUUAUUUUGUGCUAAAUUAUGUACAAUACACGGCGGCUACAACCAGAAAAUAAAAGUAGUGUAGACAA